CUUUCCUCACCUCACUCACAACGAUAACCCUCCACGAACGCGUCGUUGAAUACUGACAUGGACGCCGACCAAGAUGACUCCCUGGUGCGGAGGAGGCCAAGGCGUAGCACCGCCGGUAAUCGGAUGGCACAGGCUCUAAUCGAGAUGGAACUCGACGAAGACAUAAGGAAACUGGAAGCCGCCGGACCCGAUGAGGACUACGUCGCUCCUGAAGAUGAGGAGGAUAAGUUCGAAGACGACUUUGCCAGUACCGACGAAGAGGCCGACAAGGUGGCACCCGAGCUUGUAGAAACUUCCGCUCAGGAUGAGGAGCGGCAGGCCCGAAAAGCAAAGCGAAAGACAAUCGAGAAGAACACCGCGACUGCACACGCGCGGCACAAGAUGACAUUCAAUCCACAGGCCUUGGAAACUGAAGGCGCUGGACCCUCUACCACUGUUGAGACAACACCGGCGGACAAGAAGAAGCGGCGCGUGUCAAUGGGCCAGGCCGUUGACGCAGAGACGGGAAAAGUGGUCAACAAUGCUAAGAGACAAAGCCGAAGGACGCAUACAGUCAAUAGCACGACAGCUUUGGUCAGUAGGCUGAAGGAUGCGGAGAGUAAGAAAAACGCUACGCCGAAGAAGGCAAAAGUCAAGGAGCCCGUGUUGACGCAGGCUGAGCUCAUUGCCCGCGCACUUGAUAUGGAGGAAGGGAACAUUUCAGAGCAUAAGAACUAUCUUGCUAACGAGGCUGAGAAGCGUAAGAGGGCGCAUGUCGUACGGACGGUCGUAAAAGGGCCUCUUCUUAGGUGGGUUAGCAAGCGAGAGACUGUGACAGUGAUGGAAGACGCGCCACCACCACCACCACCCACCGUGCCUACAAGCCAGAGCGCAUACUCGUACGGUUAUGGGCAUCUAUACUCAGGGUAUUCUCCAGCAUACCCACCCGCCGCUAGUGUCCCGUACCCUGGUGCUAACUACCCCACGUCCCAAAGCACGAGCACCGCAUCAUCCGGGCAUGCGAGCCAAGUCCGUUCAUCCUUCAUCGCUGAUCCUCGUUCAGCAACACCAAGUAUCACCGGUGCAUAUGCAACACCUCCUGCCUAUGUU